AAGUCUGGCUAAUAUUGUAAAAGGGAUAUUCUGGUAGGACGUAUGCCUACCAUUAGUUCUGAAUACUGGUGAGGUUCUGAGGGCAAAAUGGCCGUGUUGAUUGGAAUUGCUUUCAGAGUUUCUUGGCUCUGUUGCCUGCUAAUUGGAGGGAUAACGUGUUCUACAUCAGAAGGUGAUUGGUCUCCUGCACUGGGUUCUAAUGCAGCAUGGCUCUAUGCAGGAUCACUUAGGUCUCUAGGAUAUGGCAAUUAUAACUCUCCAACAGCUCAAAUGAGAGCGCAACAGAAACAUCCGGCCUCCAUCCUGCGGAAGGAACUGGCCCCCGUGUCCCAGCAACCUCAGCAAAUGAGAUAUCAAGCUCAAAUGCCCCAGAAUCAACAAGCCACUGAACUUCAGAAGCAACUGGCUGCCAUGAACCAGCAAGUGUGGCAUCCAGCUCAAAUGCCCAUGCAGCAGAAGCAACCUACCACCGUAUCCCAGCAAGUGUGGCAUCCAGCUCAAAUGCCCCUGCAGCAGAAGCAACCUACCACCGUAUCCCAGCAAGUGUGGCAUCCAGCUCAAAUGCCCCUGCAGCAGAAGCAAACUACCACCGUAUCCCAGCAAGUGUGGCAUCCAGCUCAAAUGCCCCUGCAGCAGAAGCAACCGACCGCCGUGCCCCAGCAAGUGUGGCAUCCAGCUCAAAUGCCCCUGCAGCAGAAGCAACCGACCGCCGUGCCCCAGCAAGUGUGGCAUCCAGCUCAAAAACCCCUGCAGCAGAAGCAACCGACCGCCGUGCCCCAGCAAGUGUGGCUUCCAGCUCAAAUGCCCCUGCAGCAGAAGCAACUGACCGCCGUGCCCCAGCAAGUGUGGCAUCCAGCUCAAAUGCCCCUGCAGCAGAAGCAACCGACCGCCGUGCCCCAGCAAGUGUGGCAUCCAGCUCAAAUGCCCCUGCAGCAGAAGCAACUGACCGCCGUGCCCCAGCAAGUGUGGCAUCCAGCUCAAAUGCCCCUGCAGCAGAAGCAACCGACCUCCGUGCCCCAGCAAGUGUGGCAUCCAGCUCAAAUACCCCUGCAGCAGAAGCAACCGACCUCCGUGCCCCAGCAAGUGUGGCAUCCAGCUCAAAUACCCCUGCAGCAGAAGCAACCUACCGCCGUCUCCCAGCAAGUGUGGCAUCCAGCUCAAAUGCCUGUGCAGCAGAAGCAACCUACCGCCGUGCCCCAGCAAGUGUGGCAUCCAGCUCAAAUGCCUGUGCAGCAGAAGCAACCUACCGCCGUGCCCCAGCAAGUGUGGCAUCCAGCUCAAAUAAUCCUGCAGCAGAAGCAAUCGACCGCCGUGCCCCAGCAAGUGUGGCAUCCAGCUCAAAUGCCCCUGCAGCAGAAGCAACCGACUGCCGUGCCCCAGCAAGUGUGGCAUCCAGCUCAAAAACCCCUGCAGCAGAAGCAACCGACCGCCGUGCUCCAGCAAGUUUGGCAUCCAGCUCAAAUGCCCGUGCAGCAGAAGCAACCGACCGCCGUGCCCCAGCAAGUGUGGCAUCCAGCUCAAAAACCCCUGCAGCAGAAGCAACCGACCGCCGUGCCCCAGCAAGUGUGGCAUCCA